AUGGCAUUCUUCCUUCCCCAGACCUUCUACCAUAUCCAGGCUCCCCAGAACCCACUCUUCCAUCUCCUCCGAGAGCUUGACCAGUCCGUUCAGCAGCCCCAGCGAAAGCGCCAAUGCCAGCCUCAGCAGAAGAGCCGCGCUCAGGCUUCCUGCCCUGCCUAUCGGGUCAACUCCCGCCCAUGGGAGCCCCGCUUUGAAGCCCAUGAGACUGAGGACUCGUUCGUGCUCUACGGCGAGCUCCCCGGUAUGAACAAGGAGCACGUCACUGUCGAGUUCCCUGAGCCUCGCAAGCUUGUCGUCAGCGGCAAGGUUGAGCGAUUCACAGAGGAGCCCAAGCCAGUUGAAACAACCACCGAGCAGACUGCUCCCACCCCAGUCACCGAUUCAGACAACGAAGACACCCGAAGCAGAAGCUCUUACCAGGCCACUGUCGAGGAUGAUGUCGAUGACGACGAGUUUGAGGUCUUGAGUCACACAUCGGAGAAGUCAAAGACCGUCAGCCAGCCGGAGCCUGAGACUCUCAGCGAGAAGGUACAGGAGAAACAACCUGAGCAACCUGAAGAGCCAAGACGCUCUGGCUAUAGCAAGGAGUUCUCCCGCUACUUCACUUUCCCCACCUACAUCAACCACGACGCGGUCACUGCCGACCUCAAGGAUGGUCUCUUGACCAUAGUCAUUCCUAAGGCUACUCCCAAGUCGCAGCGCAUCAUCAUCAAUUAA